AUGGCUUCUUUUGGACGUCGCCCGAACCGCUCAAAGCCUCCGGUGCCAUAUGUGCCCGACUGGAGAUUCCAAGUCAAGUCUCACAUUGCUCCGGCUCCGACGCCGGCAGAAUUCAACGAUUGCUUCCUCAAGGAAAGCGACUGGCAGGAAAGACAACUGCUGAGCCCAGUCAUGCAAUGUGUGAAGCUACCCCCAGCGCCUGGCAGAGACGGGGACGACUCCGUCAGCCUGCAGAUCAUGGAUCUUUUAGACGCAGGCGAUAAGCACGAGGCCCAGGUCUUCACGGUCCGGUUGCUAGAAACGACAUCGCAAUCGCUUCCCCCGAAGGGCACGAAGCUCGUUGCAAAGCUGUACGACCCGCUUUACUACGAUGACGAGGCGGGGGCUCUCGACCCUUUCGUCUGCCUGGACUGGGACUACACCCACGAGGUAAAAGCAUAUGCGAUUCUUCGCUAUCUGCAAGGUCACCGGAUACCGAGAUACCACGGAUCCUACUCGUUGACUCUACCCGUGGAUGGAGGACACACGCGGACCGUCCGGAUGAUUUUGAUCGAGCAUAUCCCAGGCCUCAUCAUGGAAGAUGCCAAUCCGGAGUACUUUGACCAGUCUCUCCGUCAAGACCUGAUGAGGUCGAUCGUGGACCUCGAAAGCGAGCUCCACGAGAAGAACGUGUCGAUCAUGGGUAUUGAGCCGCGGAAAAUCACCUUGACAUCGCCGACUAGCGACCAGCCUCGGGUCAUGUUUGUCGACCUAGCCGCUACUUUUUUUGGCCAGAGCCGAGUUCCUCCCGCUGCGUCAGAGAUGAACUCUACUGUGGGAGGAUACAUCUCACCGUUGCUGCGAUGGAAAGAAGCUAAUGACCGGCCCGGCCUAUUUGCGGACUGGAUCGAUUGGGAGUGGGAUUCUUGGAUUGACGCCGAGUAUGCCCACACAGAUGCUGAGAUCACGAAGGAGAUGCGAGAACUGUAUUCCGAUGACUAG